CCUCGGUCGCCGCGAGGAGGCUUCAUGCAGGCGGCCUCCGAUGGGCUUCCGCCGCAUCCGGCGACGGGCCUCACAGGCGCUCUCCGUGCCUCCCAGCGUGUGCCCAAGUCGGACGUCUCCUUCUGGGCGCACGAGAUGUCCUACUCGUCGCUCGCCUCGACCGACUCGGGCUACACCCAGCAGCCGUGGCUUCCGGACGAGCUCUCGUCGCACUGCAUGCAGUGCCACCGCCCCUUUCACCUAUUGCGGUGGACGCACCACUGCCGCGACUGCGGCGGGGUGUUCUGCGGCGACUGCUCGACCCAUCGCGUGGAGGUGGUCAGCGGCGUCGGCCGGCAGCACAACUCGAGCGCGAUGCGUGUCUGCGACGGCUGUGCCUUCUCGCCGCACCACCCGGCGCACCUAGGCUGCCGCAAUCCGCUCUCGUGCGCGCGGUGCGCGCGCCCGAGUUCUACGGCGCACUGCGGCGUCUACCUGAGCAUGGCGGCGAGGACGGUCUUGUGCUGCGGGCUGAGCGACCUCGGGUGCGGCGUGUGCUGCGGCGGAUGCUCGAGCUGUGUCCGCGCGCUCGACGCCCGCAGCGUGCCGGCGCCUCCGAUCAUGCAGCGGCCUCGUGUCACCAACCGCUCGGCGUACGCGCCGCCGCCGCAGCCGCCGCCCGGCGGUCCGCCCGGCGGAGAGGCGACAGACGGCCCGAAUGUCCGGCAGGAGCGGCGGCGCGGCUCGUGCUACUCGCUGCCCGCCCUGGCGGCAGAGGCCGAGCGCGGGGGCGCAGAGAGGAGAACCGCGCCGCUGACUGCCGCGGGGGUGAAGCCGCUAACGGCCCAGCAGAGGCGAGAGGCCUGACCCAGACAGCGUCCGUUCUCGAGUCGAUCAAUCGGAUCCUCAAGGCAUUUCUCCAGCUGCCAUCUAUCGUGUUGAAACCGCACGCACAAGUAUUGACGGCCAGCGCUCGCUGUGUGUGAGCGGCGCGCCGGCGUUGUAGCUUGACCUUGAGCCCUGGGUACGAGUGGCCCUAGUACGUUGGCUAUAUGGCUAUACGUGUGAGUUGGCAUCGUAACUCGGCCGAAAAAUGUGGGC